UUUGCGGAUCUUUAAAUUUGUCCGCAAAUUUUCCUCCAAUUUUUGGGUCACAUUAAAGAAAAAAAUUUUUUCCAACAAAAUUUUACCCACCCAUUAUUUUUCCCUUUUUUUCACACUUUUCAACACAUUUUUUAAAGAAAUGCCUAGUUACAAAUAUCCUUCCUUGUGUGAUUGUGCCAAGAUUAAUGGGGGGAGAACUAUAGGAAAAAUGUGAUGACAAUGUGCCUUUCUCUCCUGACAGUCACAUAAAAAAUUUUUUUUCUAGACAACCACUACCCCAUUAUUUCCCCCAAAAAACACACAUUUCUGUCUCCCAUUUAUUUUUCGAUGAUUGUUUUUUUCUGUGAAAGGGGAAGCAAGGGAGUGUCCAUGAGCCAAAGUAAAGCAGUUUAAAAAAGAAUAAUGUGCCACAUACAUAUCUUCUGAUAGGAAAAAUUUUUUUGGGAGCCGUAGGUUUCAAUUAAGGGUUUGUCGGAUCCGGACGGAUAUCCGAAUUCAAAGAAACAGGAUAUUUUCGGUUAAUUAAAAAAAUAUUUUUGCGGACAAUAUUUGCGGACAUAACCAAAUUCCAAAAAAUUUUUUAUGGUUGUCAGCCUUCCAAAAAAAUUUUUUUGUGGAAGACGAGGGAAAAGAUUUCCGGUUCGGAUAUCCCGGGAUUUUUGAGGAUCCGGCCAACUCUAGUUUCAAUAGGUUUAGGUUUUGUCCGCAAAAUUUGUCCGCAAAAAUAUUUUUUGUCCGCAAAUAUUCAUUUUUCAUCUGAAUUUUAAUGAUAACAUUUUGUCCCACUUCUUUUUCCUCAUCUAGCCAAAAACACUUACAUAUCCCAAUAAAACCCCCUCAAAAUUUUACAAAAAAAUAUCUGGCAUUUUUUUCUGUUUUUCUUUGUUUCCGGUUGGAAGGAACAACAAAAAAAAUUUGA